CAUCCACGGGUGCGGCUCUCCGCCGGAUGUACAGCCGCGGUCCGGUGCUCAGCUCGCUCGGUCUCUCCCCCGGUCUCUCCCCGCAGCGCUUCCCGGGACAGGACGGGGCAGCGGCCGGCCCGCACAGCCCGCACAGCCCGCAGCAUCAGUGCUGCGUUGAGGCUGAGCCAUGGCACACCGGUCGCAGUGCUCGUCGUUUGGCGGUGUGGAUGGUGAGACUGGGCAGAUACCUCCACACUACAAGGAGUAUUACCGGUUGGCAGUGGAUGCACUGGCAGAGGAUGGGCUGGAGGCCUAUCACCGCUUCCUGGCCAGCGAGAAGGAGGUGGACUUCCUCUGCUCCAUCGAGGUCGAGCACAUCUGCCGCAACCUGAAGAAGCCGCGUCUGUUGGCCGUGGGGCAGGACCACCCGGACUCUGGCCAGGGCUACCUGGAUACCCUGCCCCCUGGCUACCAGGACUCGGACUCAUCGGGCACCUACUGGCCGGAGCACACGGACAUUGCGGCCCCGGUGCUGGAUCUGGGCUGGCCCAGUGGCCAACCCUUACGUGGGCCAUCUGACGUCACCAUCUUUGUGCACCCGCCUGCCCCCGACACCCUCAGCAUCAAGGAGGAGGUGCGCCGACUCAUCCGCUCCGCCACCCAGGUUAUUGCCAUUGUGAUGGAUGUGUUCACUGACAUUGACCUGUUUGAUGAGGUGCUGGAGGCUGCCAGCCGGGAGAUUCCUGUUUACCUUCUCCUGGACGAGAUGCAGUCUCACCACUUCCUCAACAUGGUGAAGAAGUGUAACGUCAACCUCAGCAACGUACAUUUCCUGCGUGUACGGACAUUGGUCGGAUCCACCUACUACUGCCGCUCGGGGCUCUCCUUCACUGGAAACCUGAUUGAACGCUUCCUGCUGGUGGACACCAACGCUGUGCUCUGUGGCUCCUACAGUUUCAUGUGGUCCUUUGAGAAGAUUCACCGCAGCAUCGUGCAGAGGUUCCAGGGCGAGCUGGUGGGCAUCUUUGACGAGGAGUUCCGCAUUCUUUACGCCCAGUCGCUCCCGCUGGAGGGGCUGGAGAACGAGGUGCCAGCCAUGGACAACUACUACAGCGUGGCCCCGUACUCGCGUGUGCAGAGGGGCCGCCCCAGGCGGGGUACCCACAUCCUGCAGGAGGACAUCCUGUCUCAGCACUCCAGCCUGUCCUGGGCCGAGUCCGACCCUGAGCGUUUCCCCCGCAUUGUGAGGCAGGAGGGUCAGGGCGCACAGUUCAGGGAGGGUGCGGGCAUCAGGAACUACGGCAGGCAGUUGCCCAGCUUCCAGCAGGAGCCUGUCUGCAGCUCAGUGCUCAGAGCCAAGCGCAUGGAGAUGGACGCUUUGAAGCGUCGGAGCUACGCGGAGGGAACGGCGGAGAGCUACGACUCCAGGGAAUACCGUUACGACUGGAUGAGCGAGCACCACGACCAGCUGGACACCCGCUUGGACCACGUGUUCCGGGAGAAGGAGCCUGGCGUGACGAGGGAGAGGUUCCGAUCCAUGAACAGUAAGCACCGCCUGUUUGAAAGGUUCCAGCAGGGCCGCCAGGACUUUCGCUGGGCCGAAGAGCCGGCCCAUGGCCAUGAGCAGAUGAAUUACGAAGAUGCUUUCCUCUCGGGGUACCCCUUGCAACCCCCGCUGUCCAACUGCUCCAGGGAAGUGCGGUAUGGGUCCAGCGACAUGGAGCUGGAGGGCGAGGGAAGGCUGGGGCUGGAGAUCCCGAAGCGGCCCAACAUUGGCCAGUCCUAUGCCUGCCAGAAGUCGCCCACACAGAAGCAGGUGCUGGACCCCCGGAUGCUGUUCCAGGAGUCGGGCCUGGGCCGUAAAUCCCAGGACCAGCCCACCAAGCUGGGGCUGCGGCGCUGGAGGCUGGGCUCCUACCUGAGCGACCAACCGGGCCUGCCCGAGGGAGACCACUCGUCAGCUGGCCACAGCGAGGGGCCUGGGGACACGCAAACGGGGAGGGAGCUGUGCGACACCCCCCUGAUCAGGGACCCUCCGCAGUUCACCAGCUACAAGCGGAUGGACAUGUACAGCUCCAAGCUGCAGAGCGUGGAGGUGUGCGAGGGUGUGAUGGAACAGGGGGAGGGGGAGCAGGUGAUGAAGCUGGCCAAGCACGCCUCGCUUCGGAGCAAACUCAACCCCCUGCAGCAGCGCGGCUCACGGCUACGCUCCUCACUCAUCUUCAACUCCUCCAAAAUCGAGCAGCACAUGACUCAGAAGAGCCGCAAGGGGCUGAGCAUCCGAGAGCAGGUGCAGGAUGAGGCGAAGGAGUGCCAGGAACAGAAGCCUCCCCCAGCCGGGAUACCAGAGGAGACGGCCGAUGAGGAGCGGCGCAGUCACAUCCAGGGGCCGGAGAAUGUCCAGCGCACGCCAGCGGAGACCGUCGCUCCCGGGCAAACGGAGCCGGAGCAAGGGCAAUCCUGUAUGGACAUUACCCCCAACACUCACCAUAGGGAGAGGGCAAAAUUCGACCUUCAGCUCAGCAAGAAGGUCCAGGAAGUCCUGAACAAGAUGGCACAGCGCACGUCGGCAGUCAAAGUGGUGGUCCCGCAGCACACAGACCACCCCCAGAAUCAGCCUGUGGUCAGCUCCUCUACUCUGACUACAAAGCCAAGCCCUCAACCCCCUGAGGCCGACACCAAACCACCUCCUCCCACCGGACCCCAGCCUCCACCGACCGUCAGUGUCACCAGAGAGGCACCAGGUCCCACUGAGGGCCACAAGAGACCCUCGCCCACCCCCAUUGUGGAGGAUGGUGCAGUCAAGGUCAGGCUGCACUCCACCACCGUAUGUGUGAACGGGCAGGGGAGUGAGGACGAGAAACCCCCAGCUGCCCCGACAACGCCCAAGGUCUCCCCGAAACCGAGGAACUUCCUCAACUUCCUGGGGGACCGCAGGUCCAAAGAGAUCCCUGGGCAGGGAGCGGCCAGCGGUGAGACGGAGAAGGGUGGCGAGCAAUCUCCGCGGGCCACGGUGGAGAUGGAGGAGAAGUCGCAGAGAUCAGCGGCGGUCCCCGGCGUAGUGCCGGUGAUCAAGGCCACGGCACUGGCAUCUAGUGGACGCUACGGCACCUCGGCCAACGUCCUGUACACCACCAAUCUCCGCGAUGACACCAAGGUCAUCCUGGAGCAGAUCUCCGCCAACAGCCUGAAGAACCGGGAGGGGGCCAGGAAGGAGGUCGCCGUGGCGGAGGGCACCAAGCCGGAGGUUGCAAGAUCGGAGGUUGCAAGGGCGGAAAUCGCCACCGUGGAGGUCGCAGGGUCGGAGGGCACCAAGCCGCUGCCCGCGCCGGCCAGCGGGGAGCAGGGACCCUCCGGCACGGCCCCGGCCGAUGGAGGUAACAGCGCUGUUGCCAGCAAGCCGUGUGUGGAUGUGCCGGAGAAGCCCAAGGAGACCCCCAGCCCGGCCGACCACACUGACCCCUUGAUCCGCAGGAUCGACAGCUUCAGGAAGGAGCGGCGCGUCUACAGCCGCUUCGAGGUGUUCUACAAGCGGGACGAGCCCCCCAAGGCAGAGGGCAACCUCUCGGGGCAGCAAGACUCCAAGGACACGGACGGAGCCGACAAGAAGAGACCGUCAAAGUUCAUCCCCAAGCUCUUAGGGACGUUCCGCAGGUUUUAACCACGGCCCUGGCGGCCACAUGUUGCCAUCCCGUCUGUGGCUCACUGACAUUUGGGGUGGGGGGGGGGGAGGGUGGUUGGAGCCAGGCAGCCCCCCAGCCCGUCCACAUCUAGGGGGCGGGAGGGGGGGGGGGUGGGUUGGGAAGCACCGUGAUAUCAGAGGGCACUAAACUCCCCGCAGCCGCCUGUAGUGUGUGAGAGAGGUCACCGCGGCUCGGGGUCAGUGAGGCUCGGGGUCAGCGGGGCACUGUUUUGACACCGGGCCGGUUGAAAUGACUGUCACUGGGGCGAGAGCAUGGCUGUGGUCUGACCAGGGUCACCUCCAGAGUCACAGAGAGCUCACUGCCUCCAGCCCACACCGACCCUGCAGCCCACCCACACAAUGAUAUGGAGGAGGCAUAAGUGAUGUAUUUGCCUCAACCUCAGCUCCAUGCCACUAGUUUGUGUUAUGCUCAGCUGUGGUCCUCAUGCCUGCCCUACUGACUCUGGACACUGUGUGAUCAGGAGCCACGUAUGUUGUCCAAGUGAACAGUAAAGGGGCAGAGCGGUGACGGGGGUGCCUAUCGCGCCCACAAGCUACAGUGGCCAGUCCCACCCAGACGCCCAUCUUGCUGCCAACCUUCUCAGGGCACAACCCGGCUCAAACCCUGCCAACCUGGAACAAUACAGGUCAGGAACAAGCUCUUCGGCCCAACAUAUCUGUGCCCACCAUCAUGCCAAAUUAAGCUAAUCUAAUCUCCCCUAUCCCCUGCCUGCUCAUGUGCCUAACUGCAUAUCUCUCAAACAUCGCUGUCAUGUCUGCUUCUGCCACCACCCCUGGUAGCACCUUCCAGGUGUAUUUAAAUAAACUUGCCCUCAUAUUAUUAUCUUUGCCCCUUCUCAACUUAAAAUUAUUUGCAGCAUUUAAUAGUUCCACCCUUGGAGAAAAAAGUUGUAGCUGUCCGCCCUAUCAAUGCCUCUCACAAAUGUUCUGAUGUUUAUCAGGUCUCCCUUCAAUCUCGGAUGUUCCAGAGGAAACAAUCCAGGUCUGUCCAACUGUCAUAACUAACCCCAGGCAGCAUUCUGGCAAACCUCCUCUGCACCCUCUCCAAAGCCCCCACAUCCUUCCUGUAAUGGGGCGACCAGAUCUGCAUGCAAUACUCCAAAUGUGGUCUAAAUAAUGUUAUAUAUAUCCGCUGUGUGCCCUUCCAACUUUCUACCGAUGCCCCAACCGAUGAAGGCAAACAUGCAGUACAUCAUGUCCAGC